UACCAAUUUCGGACACUCUUCGAGGGGAAGUAAUUCAAUUUCAACAACAAAAUGUCACUUCUUCAUAAACAAGCUUUAAAACAGCGAGUUGGGGGUUUGCCACCAAUGCCACCGCCAGGUGUAGGGGGUGCAAAGAAAAUGCCUGGACUUGGUAGACAAAGAGACUAUACACCAGUUUACUGGGACAAAUAUUUCGAGCAUAUGCAUGAUGUGAAAGUUGGAGAAAAUAUAUUUCGUGUAUAUGAGUGUGGAACAGAAGGCCCUGUUCUUCUAUUCCUGCAUGGAGGAGGUUUCUCUGCCCUUUCAUGGGCAGCUCUGUCGAGCGCUGUGUCCCACUUGGUGAAGUGUCGAUGUGCUGCCAUUGAUCUUAGGGGACAUGGUGACAGUGUCUCUACAGAUGAAACAAACCUUUCUGCUGAAGUAAUGUCCAGUGAUGUUGGUGGAGUGGUACGUGAGCUAUUUGGAGAGGAACCACCACCCAUUGUCCUGGUGGGACAUAGUAUGGGAGGAGCGAUAGCUGUGCACACAGCAGUGGGAGGUAUGAUCCCCUCGCUGGCGGGACUUAUCGUGAUUGACGUCGUAGAGGGCACUGCUCUGGAGGCUCUCACGAGUAUGCAGUCCUUCCUGAGGGGCAGACCCAAGGUGUUCAAGUCCAUGGAACACGCUAUCGAGUGGUGUGUGCGGAGUGGUCAGGUGAGAAACCUGGAUUCUGCCAAGGUGUCCAUGGUUGGCCAGAUGAAAAGGGUGGAUACUAAUGAGACAGCCUCCUCAGAACUGGACCAUCAGCAUCAUGCAGACCCCAACGAGGCCCCUGCCACACACACCCCUUCUGUCCCUGAAACUUUGCACAAAACUACACAUGUUGAUGCUAUUAUGGAGGAGGAAGAACCGGAGGAGGAGGAGGAGGAAAAUGAAAUUCAAAGUUCAAAGCCAGCCUAUCAUGAUGUGUUGGAUGGUCAUGCUGCUGUUCACCAUUCGCCAUCAGCCAAUCAGACAGUGGCAGAAGGUCAAAGGUCCCAACAAUCGGACAACAAGAACAAAGGUCAUAGUGCAGCAGAGUUCAAAGUUCCAGAGCCUCAGCCCCACCAGUACACCUGGCGUAUAGACCUGUCUCAGACAGAGCCCUUCUGGAGGGGGUGGUUUGAGGGCCUCUCCAGCAAAUUCCUCUCAUGUGAAGUGCCCAAGAUGUUGCUCCUAGCAGGUGUAGACAGGCUAGACAAAGACCUAACCAUUGGGCAGAUGCAAGGCAAAUUCCAGAUGCAAGUUCUUCCCAAGAGUGGCCAUGCAGUACAUGAGGAUGUGCCAGAACAGGUGGCGGAAGCGCUGGCUACGUUUCUGACCAGAUACAAAAUGGCUCAGGCAACUGCAAACUUUGAACCUAUGUUCCCAGGCUGUUGAGAAGUGACAGAAAAUCCUGAAGUCUUGUCUGAAGCUUUGGUUCCCGCAUAUGGCGUACAACCCAUUUUUGCAUGAGGUUGUUGAAAGUAUAUGCACAGAGUGCUUAGUUAAAACCAUUUGGCGGUUGUGUCUUACAGUUGUCCAUAAAUCGAGUUUGUUACAUGCACAAGCCUUGCUUGAACACAAUGUUUUGUGCUAUUUGUACUUAUAUAUAAGUAUAAGAAAUAUUGUUUGUUCCAGUUGAUAUUUAUUGCAUUUUUUGGGAAAGCUGAGCACAUAUUUUACAUUUGGAGAUAGGUAUGUUACUAUUUAUUGUUUCAUUUUUCAUGCUUAACAGAUCUUGAAUAUUUUUCAAAAAUCACUGUAAAAAUGUGUUCAAUUAAUAAGAUAACUAAUUGAGCAUAAUAAAGCAAUAUGAAUGAAUCUUAGUUUUAUAAUCUUUUCUCUCAGCUGACCAAGGAAUUGUUGUGCAGGAUUUCAAUAAUGAACUAUAUUAUUUCAGUAUUAUAUUUUAUUGUACUACUUUAUUUAUUGUUUAUUAUCAUAUUUUAACAAAGGUAAUUCCUGGCCUUUGUGAGUAAUACUGUUUUAAGGCAAUUUACUCAAUUACUGAAUAAAAUUUUAACUAUGUGAUUUAAUAUAAAAAAUACACGUGCGUUAACAUG